AUGUGUAUGUACAGAUGGUAAAGUAUUGUUUUAGAUACUUGUGAAGAAUAUAAAAUGUUUAAAACUCCCAUUAAAUGCAGAUUUUGCAAAGUGCAGCUGACCAACAUUUCUCCUUAAGAUUUUCCCGCAUUUUAAGACCUUUGCUAAGGCUUAAAAUGUUAUGAAUUAUCAGAAGAAUCAUGCGAUAAAAUUCAUUCUGAAUGUAACCAUGCAUGCUGUGGCUUCAAGAAUGAAUAAAUUUGUCUGCCAUGUUUAAAUUCUGAUUGUGUAAAAAGUGACCCUAAUAAAACUUUAGGAUGUAAUGGCAAUGAUAAUUGCUUGAUGUGUGGAACAGAACUAGAUUCAAAACAUUGUAUCUAGUUAGAAUGCAAGCACAUCUUUCACUUGGGUUGUGUGAAUGAAAGAGUAAAAUUGAGAUGGAAUGACAGUAUCAAUGGCAUUAAUUUUAAGUAUCUUGAAUGCCCUACUUGCAAAUAAGAAAUGAGUACAUCGUAAAACAAAGAAUUAAAUAAAAUACUCGAAAGACAUCUUCAAUUUAAAGAAUUAACUAAGAAGAAAAUGCUACUAAGAGCUGAAAAAGAGAAAUUAAACUAAGAUCCAUUAUUCACUGAUCCAAUAAAAGAAUUAGAAGUUGAUUAAGUUUGUUAAGGGGGCUAAUGUUGUCCUCUAUUUAUCGAAAAUAUACUUAAUGGACUAAACUUUAAAUUUGGAUGUUCAAUUUGCAAAUGGAAUAUUAAUGUAAAAGUGAAAGAAGGUGAUUCAAAUUUGAAAAUAGUUGAAGAUAAUAAUUAAAGAGGAGAUAAUAGUGAUGAAGAAUCUUAAGAAGAUUAUGAGGAUGAAGAAGAAGAUGAUGAAGAAGGAGAAGAUGAAGAAGGAGAAAAUGAAGAAGAUGAAUAUAUAUAUGAAUAUGAUGAUGAAGACGAGGAAUCUGAAAACAAAAUGAAGUUCAGCACAGUAGAGGAAACUGAAAGAUAAAAUGAAAAUUCAAAUAGUAUAAAUCAGCUAAGUAUUUCGAUAUCAAGCUGUAUAUUUUAAGAUUAAUGA